AUGCAUUCUUCUAUUGGCAUAAUAGCUGGUGUUCUACUAACCACAGUAGCUGCUCUUUCCAAUCCUCAUGAUCGAGCCAGGAGAUUUGUUGACCAAAGAUCGCGUUACCUGGAGAAUCGAGAUUCUCUCUUGCACCCUGGAAAUUAUGGCGGUGAUAAGCCAUUCAAACAUCUCAAUCCUAAAACUGAAGAAUUUCUUGUCCGGGGCAGGGACCUGCCAGAAGUCGACUUCGAUAUAGGCGAAAGCUAUGCCGGCACCCUUCCAAACAGUCCCUCUGGAAACUCCUCUCUUUGGUUUUGGUUUUUCCCGUCCGAAAAUCCAGCAGCAUCUGAGGAAAUCACGGUCUUCCUCAACGGCGGCCCGGGAUGUUCGUCUUUGCUGGGGCUUCUUCAAGAGAAUGGCCCCUUUCUGUGGCAGCCAGGGACUUAUAAGCCUGUCAUAAACCUAUAUUCCUGGACGAAUCUCACAAAUAUGGUCUGGAUCGAUCAGCCUGCCGGCACAGGCUUUUCUCCUGGCCCGCCCACAGUAGAAGACGAAAUCGAUGUUGCCAACCAAUUCAAUGAUUUUUGGAAGAGGUUUAUGGAAAGAUUCGACCUCAUGGGACGUAGAGUCUUUCUCACGGGCGAGUCAUAUGCUGGCAUGUACAUUCCGUAUAUCGCAAACAAGAUGUUAGAAAAAAGAGAUAACCGUUAUUUCGAUUUACAAGGGAUCUGGAUAAUGAACCCAGUAAUCAAUGAAGACGAUACGAUGAUAACGGCCCCAUCUGUCCCCGCACUUAAUUAUUACCAGUCGGUUAUCCAGCUAAACGAGUCCACUUUGGCUGACGUUAACAGACGGUAUGAGUCUUGCGGCUACGCCAAAUUCAUGAAUAUGGCAUUGCAAUUCCCACCAACGGGUAAAUUACCCUCAGCGCCAAAAAGCAAUGGUGAGUGCAAUUUAUGGGAGCAUAUCGUCACCGCAGCGACCUACGUCAAUCCGUGCUUCAACAUAUACAACUUGAGAGAAUUCUGCCCGUUACUUUGGAACGUAAUGCGGUUUCCUCUCACAGUUGGACCAAGCAACUACUUUAACCGAACAGAUGUCCAAAAAGUCCUUCACACCCCACCAACGGACUAUAUGCUUUGCAACAUGCAAUAUAAGUUUUUCCCUGAAGGUGACAAAUCGCCUCCUAGCGGUUUGGGUCCCUUGCCAAAUGUUAUCGAGAAAACCAAUAACACCAUAAUCGCGCAUGGAGCCCUCGACUUUCUUCUCUUUCUAAACGGGACCUUAAUCACCAUCCAGAACAUGACCUGGAAUGGAGCACAAGGGUUUCAGAAAGCACCGUCUGAGAAAUUAUUUGUGCCUUACCAUCCCGGACUUGGUGAGAUUGCGUCCCGCAAUGUUACCGGUCCUUUCACCCAAGUUGCUGGGGCGGGACAGCUCGGAACCGUUCACACAGAGAGAGGACUUACUUGGGUCACUGUCGAUUUGUCAGGGCACAAGAUUCCCCAGUAUUCCCCUGGGUUCGCAUAUAGAACCAUGGAGCUCUUGCUUGGAAGGAUAGAAAGCCUAAGCCAGAGAGGGAGCUUCACAACACUCCCAGAAGAUUUCGAAUAG